AUGUCUGACGCCGCCGAUAGAAAGCGCAAGCUCGAAGCCCUUGCCGCCAAACGCGCUAACGACUCAAAGCCAGCUGCUCCUGCAAAGAAGCCCGAGGCUGCCAAGUCCAAGUCUUCGUCAAACAGCAGCCACAAGUCCAAGCCCAUCACAAAGGCAAAGUUCCCCGGCAAGGGCCGCUCUCUCAAGCAUGAUGACUCUGACGAUGAUGAUGACUUGAUUAACGACGACUCUGAGGACGACGAUGUCCAGAGCGAUAUUUCGGAAGAAUUUUCGGACGUGGAUUCAGAGGAUUCGGAUAGGCCAAAGUCAAAGAAGCGGAAGAGCGCCCCCGUCAAGAAGUCAUCCUCUCGCCGCUCACCGCCACCAAAGAAGAAAUCGUCCUCGUCCUCUACAAAGUCGAAAUCAAAGAAGAAGAGCAAGGGUUCUGACAGCGAUGAGGAUAGCGAUAACUUGUCUGUCGCCAGCGAGUCUGAAGGCUCUGGUGACGAGGUCGCCAUCGAUACGAGCAACAUCAUUACUGGCUCCAGAAGGACACGCGGCGCCAGGGUCGACUACUCCAAGUUCGGACCCGACAGGUCUUCGGACGAGGAAUAG